AUGCCGUCCUAUACUACUGCCGUUCCAGAGAAGCCGGCCACAGAGAUCGCCGCCCCCACCGUUCCGCGAAAGCGUCGCAGGAGGGCUGCAGCAAAUGGGGCGAGUGAAGAUUGCUUUACCUGCCGCAAAAGACAAACAAAAUGUGACCGACGACGGCCGUAUUGCGCUCAAUGCCUAGAAAUAGGCAAAGAGUGCUCUGGAUAUAGGACGCAAUUGACGUGGGGGGUCGGAGUUGCAAGCCGUGGAAAGCUUCGGGGCUUGUCUCUUCCCAUAAUCAAUUCUGCAAAGACAGCAUCCGCUGUUCAGGAGACGAAAGCGAGCAACUCGGCUACCUCUGCCACUUCGAAGAGUGUUACGUCCAAUCCAAUUCCGUCCCCUGUCAUGUCUAUCAAAAGCGAGCAUCACCAGGAGAUAGCCGCUUUCUCUGCGGUUCCGGUCCUUAGUCCGAACUACUGCUCUUCUCCUGUCUAUAGCAAUCCUGGUUAUAGUCCGGCUACCACUCCUAUUCCAAUUUCUGUCAUGUCAGCCGGAAAUUUCCACUGGCAUUCUUCUGGAUUCGACGACCAUGUGCACAACUAUACUUCCUUGUCACCGAAAGCUGGAAAGCCUCUCUUCCGUCCCCGACCCCUUCAGCGGCUGCAAACUGCGUUCCCACCCUCUUACGAUGACGCAAGCAUAUCCGCUCCCUCCACGGGUUCGUUGGGCGCCUUCAGCGACUGUGGCGACUUCCCUUCACCCAGUGAGUAUCCUCACACCCCGGAAGAAAUACCAUUUACGGAACCCUUUGUCGACACCUUUCCCGACGCUUUAUCUCAUCAACCAUUCAUCCCUUCUCAGGACUCACUGGCCAUACCAGACGGACUCGGAUAUAUGGACAUUCCGCGGUCCUUCCCAUUGAUAGCGGAUGACAUGGUUUCAAGUAUGUCCGAUCAAUCCAACGCCGAGUACAUGGACGUUAACGAUGCGCAGACCGGUUCGCUAGCCCGUUCCAGCAUUUCUGACGCCCCUAUAUCGAUCGGGUCGAAUAUACACGUCUUCGGUUCGUAUGGAUUGCCCCUUUUUGGUCCUCAAUUGGAUUGCGCUAGCAAAACAAGUCUGGACCAGGAUAUUCGAUCUCGCUCGGUAUCACGGGGACUACUUGAUGGCAUGUCCAUACCUCGAAGUGUUGACGCCUUUGAUUGCUCUCACCUGCCUCUGCGUACUCGGUUUCUUUUGGAUUAUUAUGACAGGGCCAUCUGUUCCGUUCUAGUGGCUUUUGACGGACCAACGAAUCCUUAUCGGAUGCAUGUCUUCCCCUUGCUAUGCACAGCGCGUAGGAUUCUUACCGCAGACGAGAUACGAGUUCUGCCCGGCACGCCAUCACGCGAAGAGCUGCAAUACGAGUCGAUAUCGAUUGGACUCCUCAAUUCACAGUUGUCUAAUCCCGUAUCCGCCAAGGACGACUCAGUCUUGGCAACGUUGUUGAUAUUGUGCCUCUUUCACGUCUGUGACAGCGGCUUCACCAAGUUUCAGACGCAGCUUUCAGGCGUACAGAAACUUCUGGAACUUCACCAUGGUUCCCCAGAAAGCGCCUUUGUUGGAUGGAUUCAGAUGUUCUUCACCUGGUUCGAUGUAAUGAUCCGUGGCGCUUCCGCCGACUUCGACCUCCUGCACAUCAGCGAAGCCUUCCGCCAUGCUGCGCUACUCUACGUCGAACGGCUUGCGUACCCGGCCCUCUCCCCUUCCGCGUCCAACCUGCAACGCCUCGUCUCGCUGACACUAUCCCACAUCGCCGUCAUCGCGAUCAACUCCCCUGUGAAUAAAUUCCUGCUCUAUCCUUUGUGGAUCGCAGGAACAGAGGCGGUGACGCAGACGCACCGAGAUAUAGUGCGCAGACGGUGCGUGGAGAUCACGAGAGAGAGUGGGUUUCUCAACAACCUGAGUGGGCUCGAGGUGUUGGAGAGGGCGUGGGCGGCUGAUGAUCAUGGAGAGGUGCUGGACGAGGAUGGAGUUCAGACUGGUCAGGCCUUUAGGUGGAGGAAGGUGAUGAGCCGGUCGGGUGGGGAGUAUAUUGUGAUAUGA